GCUCGCACAGCCAACCCCCCCGCGAGAGUCGUCAUAAAGUUCAGCAGUUCAGCCAGUCCUGCAGUUGCUGCGAGUCGUGUGUUUAAAUUUCCGGUCGCGUGCCGGCGUCGGGGAAAAAAAUUUCAUCUCGGAAACUCCCGAGUGUAGUACAGCGCUAUACACGGACACAUAUAUACAAGAAAAGGUACUUACCCACACUCGCGCGCCAGCGAAGAAGCACAAACUUUUCCUGGAAAUAUGGGGGGUUGGACGCAGCUGAGAGAUGCUUCGUGGCACAGGAUCGAGUGCGUCUUCGGUCUUCAGUCGUCGUUGCAGAGGACACCACCGAUCCGGCGGGUAGUCGACGAGCCACCACCGGCGCCGAGAAAGAUCUGCCUCGGAGACAGAAAGCAGCAGCUUGCACGCCGCGAGAACCUGAGACCUCGGAAGCUAACCUACGAACCGGAAAAUCAGCGCAGAGUCGAGCCGUCGCACGAAGACAGUGGAAUCGUCGUUUGGGCGACGACGAGCUCGUCCCUUCUCGACGAGGACGCCGACAAGGAGAACAGACCCGAAAACGAUGACAUAAUACCAAAUUCUCAGAACGAGACAGCGAACCCAGGAAGCCUGAGAUACAGAUUGGAGCAGUUGAUGGCCAGCCUGUCCAUCGAGCAUCAACCCAAUUCCUCCGGCCGUGCAGUAGAAGUUUUCUCAGCAAACUACCUGAACCACUCACCACCACUGAGUCACCCUCAAAAGCCGGCGACACAAAGCGAAGCCAGAAGAAAGAGCGAGGAGAAGUAGAGAAAGUCCAUUGAACGACUUACCU